GCGCUGGUAGCCUUUCAAACUCUAUUGUGUUGUUUUGUUGAUCUAAGCAUGCUAAAUGGGACAAUCACAGUCGAUCAAACGAACGCAAAGAUCUUGCCAUGCGGCGGAUUUUUCGUAAUCAGUAGAAAACGUGUGGUAUUCUAACGAAUUUCUGACCCCACCAGAGGGGCUCGAAACUGCAUCGGAAUGUAGUAGAGUAUUAACUAACGGUGUAUCAUAAUCAAAAUAUCCUAAACUUCGGGCUCCUCAAGACAAAUUCCUCAGGCGUCUGUGGUAUGUCCGUUCCGUUGAAAAAGGACUUCUUAAUUGAGCUAUGUGUAUGGGUGCAUCCUAUUGGCAGAUCAUGGCAGUGAAAGAUAUUCUCCUUAACAACUCUACUGUCCUCGCCAAAGCUCUGUACGAUAACAUCGCCGACUCCGCUGAUGAACUUACCUUUCGCAAAGGUGAUGUCAUAACAGUGCUUGAAAAAGACAUUGAUGGGUUGUUCGGUUGGUGGCUAUGCUCAUUGCAUGGUCGUCAAGGCAUCGCCCCUGGCAACCGUCUGACUGAAAUAGGGGCGGGGCCACGGGUUGCUAAGGCUUCGGCGACAUCCCAGCAGGGUCUAUUGGAUGAGUUGGACUAUGCCGUGCCGCGGGCUUACGAAGAUCCAGGCGAAGAUUACGAUGUUCCCCGCUCUGUGCUUAGUCCCCAGGAUUACGACAUCCCGAAACCCGACGAAAAAUUCCAAUUUAAAUCGGAGGAGUCUACGGCUAAAAUAAUAUCAGGCGUGAAAGACUCAGAUGGUAAUAUUUAUCAGGAGAUCUACGAUGUCCCGACUCUUCCAAGUCCAGAUAAAACGCUGCAAAGUGCGCCCUUCAAGGAUGUCAUACAAGAUAUCGUUUCAGCCAAGGCUCAAAGCGAUGCAAAGCCUAAAUCAGACACUAGUUCUGCUAUACAUGCAUCGCCACAGCCUCUUGCAAAGCCACCACGUGCCAGUAAAAUGUUCGGCGAGAAAACAAAGGCGACACCACCACCCAGACCGCCCAAACCAUCCGCUGGGAAAUUAUGCUCGCCCUCCAAGUCAGUACCGACGGGAGCUAAGGAGGGGACACAAGAGAGGAGUGACACACAAGACGAGGGGAAAUACAGUAUACCAGCUCGAGAGCAUGUAAUGCCCGGAUCAGAUGGGGGGCCUGUGUCAGACGUGUCAUACAAUCCUGGGGACAAGACUGCCCCUGGAUUAAGCGGGAAACCUGUGUUGAAGGAGACACAAGCAUUGGAUGAGAAUAGGGAGAAUAAAAUGUCCGAAAAAGAAGUUAAGGGAGAGAAUGAAAACAGUGGUCCUUCCGAAAGUAGAACUCUCCCUGAGGAUAUUUACAAAGUUCCUACGAGUGACGUCACACCAGGGGAUAUCUAUGAUGUUCCGCCUGCACUAAAGCAGUACCAGGCGGACGAUAUAUACGACACGCCUCCGAGGAUCCCAACGGGACUGCGCGAUCGACCGCUGGUCACCCCCCCAAAAAUGACCACGGGCUCAAACGAGCGGGGCGAGCAGACGCCGAGAAAAACCACGGACAUAAAUCAUAAUAAAAAAUACGACAAAACUUCGGACGACAAUCGAGGCAUGGACAAGAGCCGUUCGGGGAGUUUCGGGAGGUCGUCGGGGAGCUCCGGACGGGUAUCGACUGACUCUGGGCUUUCGUUGGAUGUGAAUUACAAGCGAAGCUCGAACGGGAGCAAGCGCAGUUCGAACUCGAGUACGGGGAGCGCCAAGCACAGUUCGGAUUCAGAUGACUAUGUUGACUACCAGGAGAUUUACGGCGAUGGCCAGGAAAAGCAUGUCAAUAUUUACGACGUUCCUGUCCAGCAUGUCCAGGUGUCUGAAAUCGAAACGGCCCCGGUUGAGAAGAAGACCACAGCAAGUAUCCUACAGAGAAUAAACAUGGACGCUGUCAAAGGGUUAAAGCUGGACUCCGCAGGCGCCUUACAGCGCCUUAGCAAACUUGAACAAGCCGUUGACGUCACGGUUACCAAGCUACUAAGUCACGUGACGAGUAAAUGGCGAGACCCAGUCCUCUUGCGAACCAAGAUCUCUGACAUCCGGGAUAUUGCGGGCAAGGGCAAAGUUGCGCUUCGUUUGUUGACGGAGUUUGGGUUGAGUACGCUUGCAAACGCGCGCAGUCUCGAGAACCAGGAACUUAGCGGAAAGCUAAGCCGCGCUAUUGAGCCUUUGCUAGAAACGUACUAUUCCUUGAAGCUUGCGCUACAGCGCUUGGAUGAUACGGAGUGGAAGUCACCUUUAGAGCGACCGAACGAUGGGCACGAUGAUCUGGAUCUUAUAAUGGUGUAUAUAAGAAGUGUGCCGGAGGACUCCCAGAAGUUAGUAGCCAUAGUGCGAACCACGGCGACUGUUCUAUUCUCGCGACCUUCAAAGCCAGUCGUACUUUUGCCUGCUAAGGAAAACAGGGAUGCGACACCUACUAAAGUGAUAACAGAUGUAAAAGCAGUCAACUCAAGCGAGAAUAAAGAGAAAAAGCAACAGGCUGCACCGCCUCCAACUAAACCUAAACCAAACAGAGAGAUUAAAGCGGCAGAGAACGGCGAACCAAAGCCGUCGGAGAACGACGCAAAAAGAGAGGAGAAAGACGUACCUAUAAGCAACGUCAAGGUCGCGGAGGUUGUCGCCAAGGCUGAGAAAUUCGGACUGUCCUCCGAGAAAUUGGAGAGUGACCCGAAUGAAUCAUCGGCGUCCGUGCUGUCUGGAGACAAUAAAGAAGAUGUUGAACAUAACGUAAAGCCCUCGGAGGUAUUUAAAAAAUUCGGCUCUCCGCAAAAGGAGAAGCCCCAAGGUGCCAAACCCGCAAAUGGAGAAACCGAUGGAGUACCUAAUCUGCCACCCAGGCGACCGAGUAUCCCAACUAAGAAUGCCCCUGCGCCUCCACAACGUCGAGACAGCGGUGGUAGACUCCAGCACGUGAGGCAGAAAAGCCUGGAGCGAUUUGUUCCAGAGGUGGAUCCCUCACAGGUGGUGAAUGCCCCCCCCAAUCCACCCCCCAAACCCAAGCUGGACCGGCAUAAGACGAUGAGGAAAAGUUACAAGUAUCCCCUGCGGCAUGAUAAGGUUGCACUCAGGGAUACUCCUCCAGGCUCGCCUACGACUCCGAAGAGAAAAUGCAACUCGGACCCGACUGAUCUCGACAUAGCAGAACUGGAAGAGAUGAAGGAAAAGCGCUCAUCCGAUUCACUGGACGAAAAACACCAGGAGGGCUCAUUGUCAGAAAAAAUGAACACUGUCCAUGUCUCUGAUUCAGACCUACCGAGUGGUCUGUCCAGGCAGACAGAAGUUUCUCCAUUGUCGCCUAAAGUUGACCCGUCUAAUGGGUUACGACCCACUGUCCAACGAAGCAAGUCGUUCUCCCGGACGAAGAUCGAACGGGUUACAACUACCAUGGGCCAGGAAUCAGGCUUUGGAGAAUUCAUGCUGUCGUUUAGUGACAAAGAACUACUUGAGUUCUACAAAUACGAAAUUGACGCGCAGCUUUUUGUGCUAAAUGAAGCCAUGCGAGGACUAUUCAAUUCUGUGGAGAGCGGCCAGCCGCCAAAGACUUUUGUUUCCAAUAGCAAAUUUGUCGUCUUGAGUGCACAUAAGUUUAUUUACAUUGGCGAUACGUUACAUAGGAAAAUCCAUCAUGACAAACUCGGUAUCGAUAUCACUUCGGCAACCACUCGGCUAUCGGAGUGCGUGAAGACUCUUGUUCAUGCGACCAAGAUGGCAGCGCUGCAGUACCCUGCGACCAACCCAAUGAGGGAGCUAACUGGAGCCGCUGUGCAAGUUUCUGACGCUUCCAUAGCGCUUCACAAGGUCGUCAAGGCAGGGAAAUCGACGGACUAGCGAGGUAUUGGAUGACCAGUACCUGCCAGCAACCAACCCUAUGAGGAAGCUCACUAUUGCUACUUUGCAAGUUUCUCACGCUUCCAUAGUGCUUCAUAAGGUUGUCAAGUCAGAGAGGUAGACAGACUAGCCAAGUAAU